ACUGCCUUGUACCAGGUCCCGCCCCUCUCUCUACUCCCUUUCUUAUAUUAAGAGGGGAAAAACACGGAACUGCCUCUACCCAUUCUGGUCACCAUACGCCUAUUACCUCUACUGUUACAAAUACCGGAUCACCCUCCGGGAGAAGAUGCUGCCUUGGUGUUACAGAAGCAUCACUUACAAGGAACAGGAGGACCUGACUCUCCGGCCCCAUUGCUGCCUCCCGUGCUCCUGCCUCCCGUACUCCUGCCUCCCGUGCUCCGAGUCCCUAGAAGGACUCCAGGCGGGUAGGAGCACUGCACAGGAAAAAGACCACAGCCAGCUUAAAGAACUCUAUUCAGCUGGGAACCUGACAGUGCUAUCAGCCGACCCCCUGCUUCACCAAGAUCCAGUUCAGUUAGACUUCCACUUUCGUCUUACCCCCCAUUCCUCUGCUCACUGGCACGGCCUUCUGUGUGACCACCAACUCUUCCUGGAUAUCCCAUUUCAGGCCUUGGAGCAAGGCAACAGAGAAAGUUUGACAGCAACACUGGAGUAUGUGGAGGAGAAAACCAAUGUGGACUCUGUGUUUGUGAACUUCCAAAGCAAUCAUAAGGACAGAGGUGCCCUGCUGCGAGCCUUUAGCUACAUGGGCUUUGAGGUGGUCAGACCAGAUCAUCCAGCUCUCCCUCCCUGGGACAAUGUCAUCUUCAUGGUGUAUCCCCUUGAAAGGGACCUUGGCCAGCCUGGCCAGUGAGCCUCCCUAAACAUGUUCUCUCUCUGUGAGGGGUUGAAAACCUCAACACACGGGACUCUGGGGCCCAGGAUGUGAUUUAAGACACUUCCAUCCUAGGAAAUAAAGGGUAGUGCAAUCAAA